CCUCUGCCCCGCCACCGCCGCAGCUGCAGCCGCCGCUCGGGCUGUGGCUCAUCCCGGGUCUCGUUCGCCGUCCCGGCCGCGGCGCGGAGGGCACCCUGAGUGCGACUGCACGACCGGCCGCGGCGCGAGGAGCCCUUCUUCUGCCUCCCUGCGGCCCGCACGGUGGACGGUGUAGCGACCGAGUGUGGCCGCCGCGCCCCUUCCCCGCUCCCGGGCGGCCGCUCCGGCCCUUCCGGGCGGCGCCGCAGCCUCAGCCCGCUCCACAGGCAGAUGUGGGAAGACAGAUGAAGGGGUUUAGAUGCCAAAUAAAUGCCAGUGGGAAGAAGAGCUACCAACACUAAGGGCUGAACACGAGCAAACUCAUUUUUCAGAGUUAAAGAAUUAUUUAAAAAAACAAGAUGGGGACGCCUGGUUCCGGAAGGAAAAGAACACCCGUAAAAGAUCGAUUUUCUGCUGAAGAUGAAGCUUUGAGUAACAUCGCUAGAGAGGCAGAAGCAAGGCUAGCAGCAAAGCGGGCCGCCCGGGCAGAAGCAAGAGACAUCCGCAUGAGGGAACUGGAACGGCAGCAAAGAGAGGAAGAUUCAGAGAGGGCCAGGUAUUCUCACCGGUCUGGCCAUCACCGUCCUUAUCUGGGAGUUGAGGAUACAUUGUCUCUUCGAAGCCUUGGCAGUUACAGGAGUUCACCGAAGGAUAUUACUGGGACACACUGGAGCAGAGCCAGUACACCCAAAAGGAGAGACAUGAUGUGCAACCAACUUUCCCACUUUUCUGAAGUGCAGUAUGAUACCCUCAAGGACAGAUCGUCAAGGCUUUCAUCAUUAAAUUAUUCUUACGGUCACAGCUAUGGGAUGAAGAAGCGAUCUAGUUCUCAUAAAGACCCCCUGAGUGGCCUCUAUUUUGACCAGAGAAACUACAGCAGUCUUAGACAUAGCAAGCCUUCCUCUACCUACUACUUUCGGUCUUCUUCCCUGUGCAGUGACCCACUGGGGACAUCUUUGAGUAAGAAAAGGGCAUCAUUGUAUGAUGGUGGAUUAUAUAACCCUUAUGGUUCUCGAACUCCAUCUGAAUACAGUUACUACUCAUCGAGAGCAAGUUCCUCCCGAAGCAGUCCUGUGUCCAUCGAUGAUGAUACUGCAAGCAUUGUGUCUUCUGAGCGUGCCAGCCGUGGGCGAAGGGACAGUGUGGUCUCUGCUGCUGACUGUUUCAGUCGUUCCAAUCGCAGGGGGAGUGUUGUCUCUGAGGUGGAUGAUGCCGCCGCCGGCGUCUCAGACUUGACCAGUUUGGAUGAAAAAUCAGACAAACAGUAUGCUGAAAAUUACACAAGACCUUCUUCUCGAAAUUCUGCCUCAGCAACGACACCUCUAAGCGGGAACUCAUCCAGACGGGGCAGCGGGGACACCAGCAGCUUAAUAGAUCCAGAUACCUCAUUGAGUGAGCUUCGGGACAUCUAUGACCUGAAGGACCAGAUACAUGAUGUAGAAGGGAGAUACAUGCAGGGGCUUAAGGAACUGAAGGAGUCUUUGUCUGAAGUAGAAGAGAAAUACAAGAAGGCCAUGGUGUCCAACGCCCAGCUAGACAACGAGAAGAACAACCUGAUCUACCAGGUGGACACCCUCAAGGACGUUAUUGAAGAGCAGGAGGAGCAGAUGGCAGAGGUGUACCGAGAAAACGAGGAGAAAUCAAAGGAGUUAGAAAGGCAGAAACAUAUGUGCAGUGUGCUGCAGCAUAAAAUGGAUGAACUCAAAGAAGGCCUUCGGCAGAGAGACGAGCUCAUUGAGGAGAAUCAGCGCCUCCAGCAGAAAAUAGACACCAUGACAAAAGAGGUGUUUGACCUCCAAGAGACCCUGCUUUGGAAAGAUAAAACAAUUGGGGCCCUAGAGAAACAGAAGGAACACAUUACCUGCCUCAGGAAUGAGCGAGAUGUGCUCAGAGAGGAGCUGGCUGACCUGCAGGAGACAGUGAGGACGGCAGAGAAACAUGGCUUAGUUAUAAUCCCAGACAGCACUCCCAAUGGCGAUGUCAGUCAUGGUGAGCCUGUUGUGGUUGGAGCCAUUACUGCUGUGUCUCAGGAAGCUGCUCAGGUCUUGGAGUCAGCAGGAGAAGGGCCACUAGAUGUGAGGCUACGGAAACUUGCUGGAGAAAAGGAGGAGCUCCUGUCACAGAUUAGAAAGCUGAAGCUGCAGUUAGAAGAAGAACGGCAGAAAUGUUCCAGGAAUGAUGGCACAUCUGGGGACCUGGCAGGACUGCAGAAUGGUUCAGAUUUGCAGUUCAUCGAGAUGCAGAGAGAUGCCAAUAGACAAAUUAGUGAAUACAAAUUCAAGCUUUCCAAAGCAGAACAAGACAUAACCACCUUGGAACAAAGUAUCAGCCGGCUUGAGGGGCAGGUGCUGCGGUACAAAACUGCUGCUGAGAAUGCUGAGAAAAUUGAAGAUGAGCUGAAAGCAGAGAAGAGGAAGCUACAGCGAGAGCUACGGACAGCACUGGACAAGAUCGAGGAGAUGGAGAUGACCAACAGCCACCUGGCAAAGCGUCUAGAGAAGAUGAAGGCCAACAGGACCGCCCUACUAGCCCAGCAGUAGGCCUGGGUGCUGCUCAGAAGGCCUUGCCCAGAGAUACUGACUCUUUUGUAUAUUGACACAAACCCUUCUAGUACUGUCUGAGUCUUGUCAUUAAACAGCCACCUUUGUAUUUUAUAAUUUAUGAGAAUGAAGCAGGUUUAAUCGUCAUGAAUUUGGAUUUUGUUUGUAGCUCACUUCUAUAGUGAGAACUAGUCUGUGCUUUUAAUUUUUAAUUUUCAGCAUUCUAGAAUCACGUUUUCUCACCAUCUUCCUCCAGUUGCCUCAUUGACUGGGCACUUGGGAGGCCUUGGUGUGGGUUCUGGAGGAUGGCCAUUCUGAGUGCUGAGAUACUUGCUGGAGACCUCAAAAACACAAGUGCCUUCUCCACGGUGUGAUACGGGCUUCAGAGACCAAGUGGCCAAGAUUCCUCCUCUUCUUACCAGAGCAUUUAUAUUUCAGUGAGGAAGUAUUCAGGGGUGGGAGUCUGUGUUUCACUCAAAUUUAUAUGUUUGGAGGAAAAAGGCCCCCCUUUUUUUUGUAAGAUAUUUAAAUUUAUAUAAAAAUGUUAGAAAAAGAUAUGGGGAGUGUAUAUUAAACUUUAUUGCAUGGGGCAGAAGAAGUCUAGGCUCAUACUCUUUCUUAUAAGAGUAGGGUCCUUAGUCUCCGUAUCCACUGUGCUGUUCCUAGUAUUUUCAUCUGCUGCUUAUUUGUGAAAUGAAACCUCAGACAAGCUUGAGGACUGAGGGAGGGGCAGUGCAGGCAGGUAGGAAAUCUGCCUGGAGAACUAUUAAACACACCUUUCUGCCAGCCAGGACUGGCACCAUAGUCAUUGUUACAGACGCUUUUUAGGACAACUCAUGGCAGCCAUGUAUGGUCCUGUCUUGCCCUGUUCUUUUCUCAAGAUGAGAUAAUCCAGAGCAUAGAACUUUUUUUUUGGGGGGGGGGGUUAGUUUUUUGAGAGACAGGGUCUAUGUAGCCCAGAUUGGCCUCCACCUCCUAGUCAUUGUCAUUGGGCCUCUUGAGUGCUGGGAUUCCAGGCAUAUAUCAUUGUGCCUGGUUCUAGAAUAAAAAUGCUUAAGAACUUUAAUUUCAUCUUUGAAGAGCCCAGUUCAAGAUAUUGCCCCUCCUCUUACUGUAGCCUCUUCAUAGGGUUUGCGAUUCUUUUGUUAGAAUCAAGGUGGUUUCAUGGGAAUGAUUACUGUAGCUCAAAAGUGUUUACAAAGAAGCUAUAUUGAGGAAAAGUCUAAUGAAUCAAAGCCUUUUAAUAAAUCUAGACUUGCAACUAGAGAAUAAAGUUAACUAAAAAGUGAAUGACAGUUGUUCCCUCCUUUAGUCACUAGCCCUUCCUUCUUAGGAUAUAGAAACUGUCCUGAGAGCAUCCUGUGCAUUUAUUUCCUAAUGGGAACUACAGUUGAAUGGGUAGGGGUGCGAAUGCAGACUGAGCUUAUCAGCUGAUCAGGUGACCCAGCUCUUCACAUGGAGAAGGCACCACUCAGCCUGUACCCAUCCUGGGCUCAUGGACCUCUCCUGAGAAGCCCUGGCCCCAGUUGUUUCUAGUCUUUUCCGGGUGAAAUGGCUCUAUUUCUUCCCUACAAUACGUUGUUUUCCCUGGGCCCUUCUUCAUUGCUUCCUGUGGUCUGUGCUUUACUUGAAACCCCUAGGCAUUCAUUCGUUCUUGCGCUGAGUGCUGUAUUUCUGUUGAGGCAGGGCUGCUGCUAUCUGGGCACUGAAGAGCUUUAUUUUUAUUUCUGGUUUUAGAGAAAGCCCUGGCUAACUCGUAGUAUACUAGAUUUGACCACCCACCCCAGCAAGCCACCAGUUGAGUAGUGAAGGCAAAGAAAGAUUCAUUUCACGUGGCCAUGUUGGGAAGAACAGAUAAAAGGGUUCUGGAACCCCAAAUUAAUUUCAAAGUGUUAACGGUUUAAAAGAGGGAACAAAGGAGACAGUUGGGGUAUGCACUGCUGAUGAAGCAAAUCAUCUUGGCAGGCCAGUGGUCUGCUGACUGGUAAUUAAGUUCCAGUCCUAUGAAAGGCUCUGGAGAAGUGGUGCUGACAUCUCUUGAUGGUUUCCAUGACAUGAUCAUUUCCCACUCCAAAGUGCAGCCUCAUUAUUGUUAGUAGUUUCUCAUUUUGAGGGUUACUUGGGAGUCACCACCAGUCCUGUUAUUCCUCAAUUCCAAAGUAACCCCCAAACAGAAUGACUUAGGAGGAAAAAAGAUAGAGCCAGAGAAGGGGAAGACAGUUGCUGUCUCCUUUGCUUCCCCAGAAUCCUCCAAACAGGAACACCUAGAAACACGUUCAGACCACUAAGUGGGCUAGGCUAACUCUGACCAGUUAGAAGACUGGGCAAGGAUUUUGUCCCUACUAAUAAACUAGCUUUGACUACUGACAGUAAGUCUUCUUACAUCUCUUACCUUUGACCAAAUGGAUAGACUGAUUGGCUCACAGUUUAAACUCCAUCAUGACAGGGAAGGUGUGGCAGAAUUCAUUGGCAGCAUUUGGCAGAUGGUUCUCAAGCAGGGAACCUUUUACUUGGCACUCUGUUUGCACUUUUCAAGAGUAUUUGCAUAUCUACAUGUUGGAGCUUCAUUCAGUGGACCCUCAGGGCACCUUUGCCACUGCCCAGCACAAAGUGUAAGGUUCAUUUCUAACAAUUAUGGAUUCUUUGUCUGCACCCUCCUUUUCUGCAACUUUAAACAUGUUCAUCCUCCUUGUUCGCGUUUUUUCUCAUCAGACUAUGUAGUUUUCAUCUUUCUGUUUUGAAUUGUCAUUAUCAACCUCAGUAAACACAGUGAUAACCAUGCCACCAUCCAGAGGUUAAGCUGUCUUGAAAUUGCCUCUACCAAACAACUUAAUCCAUUACUUUUGAAUUCAGCCUUACUCAAAAACACGAGACAAGACAAAGCCAGGUCUUUGCCAGAAUGCAACACAAAUAGCCUAGAUCCCACUCCAGUCCUUGCUCCCCAUCUCAAACCACAUGAGCCAAGCCCCCACUGGCUGCAUUUCUUCUACACUCCCACUAGAGCCACCCAUUAAGUUCUGUUUACAGUAUUCCAGCACUCCCUUGCCUUUAACUCCAGACUUUUCCACAUCCCUCAUGUACACCUGUUCCAAGGCUUAUACACCACAUGGCAAGUUUAUCAAGUCAACCACCCUUGGUUGUUCGUACUUGUUAUACCAGUAAUUUUUAGACAGGUUCUUACAGGAACAAAAUUCAUGGGCUGUAUAAAGGGAUUUACAAAGAAAAGAUGAGGCAAUCCAAGGAUGGCUGUCUGCAAGCUGGGGAGGUGGAAAACUUGGUAGCUGCUCAGUUCACAAGGCGCUUAGAUGCCUUCGUAGGCCCAAUCUGGCUCAAAAGCCUAGGAGAUCCCUGGACAGGAAUCUUGGUAUUGUUUCCACCUCGGAGGGUGAAGAAGUUAAGAGUCUGAUGACAAUGUCAGUGAUGGGUACAGGCAGGUGUACACUUUUCUGAAAGUUGCCUGCUGCCCUCUUUGAAGGUAAGUCUUUCCUGACCAGUCAUCUGCUCUGGAAACACUGUCACAGACAUGCCCAGGUGUCUUUCCCAGGUAUUCUAAAUCCAAUCAAGUUGACAAGACCAGCAUACACGUGCUUGGUACUUUUUUU